AUUGUAAUGCCUAGUCUCCAUAUAAAGCAAGACCUAGAACUAAAACAGGAGGAUGGCAUUGAGCGUGAUUGUCUUGAAGAUAAUUUGGUAAUCUCUUGGCCAAAUGAUUUUAUCAAGGAGGAUCCUGAACUAAAUUUGGAGGUGGCAGCCUCAAUAAGAAAUGCAUCUGAUAGUUUAAGUUUCAUUCAAAGUGCUGGUGACAGCUGUAACGUUUCGUAUCAAGAAGCAUUACAUCAAGGACUAGUCGAUGACGAUCAGAAGAUAGAUACAGAGAUGUCAACAGAUUUCAGUAUGUCUCAUAACUAUACCAAGUUACGGACUUCACAUGAAGACAGCUUAUGUGGCACUAGAUUAAGUUGUAGCAUCAGGGAAAAGGAAUUCCAUAAGUUUAACUGUAGUUUCUGCCUACAGAGCUUCCCUUCAAAAUACAGACUCAUAAUGCAUAUCUUCAUCCACAUGGAUGGUGUGCAGGCACCUGCAUAUGUGUGUAAGUCAUGUGGUGAGGUAUUGCCCACUGAUGACAGCUUGAAAGAACAUUUGAGAAUGAGUGAGGGUGACCAAGCAUUAUCAGCUGCCAACAGUGAGAAACUUGAAUGCAGUGAUUACCAUGAAAACAUCAUCUCCUUAGAAAGUGUACGAGAAGAAAUCGUGGAACAGACUGAGAAGCAAUCUUCAUCCAAGGAAACCACGAAAACUUUAAGGAAAUCCUUUAGUGACACAAGCAAUACACAUACUGUGACACAAGUUGCAGAGCAACUCAGAUGUGAUGACUAUGGAAUUUUGUGUACAAGUGAUCAUGUUAAUGUCCACACUGUGCUAAGUGCAAAGAGACGUCACAAAUGUGAUGUUUGUGGCAAAUUGUUUAAUCGUUCAAAUAGUCUCAAGGUACACGAAUUAAUACACACGGGAAAGAGACCCCACGAAUGCCAUGUUUGUGGAAAAUCGUUUACUCAGUCGAGCCAUCUCAAAAGACAUGAAUUAAUACAUACAGGAAAGAGACCCCAUGAAUGCGGUGUUUGUGGAAAAUCGUUUAUUCUUUCGGGCAGUCUGAAGGCUCACGAAUUAAUACACACGGGAAAGAGACCCCACGAAUGCCGUGUUUGUGGAAAAUCGUUUACUCAGUCGAGCAAUCUCAAAAGACAAGAAUUAAUACAUAAAGGAAAGAGACCCCAUGAAUGUGGUGUUUCUGGAAAAUCGUUUACUCAGUCGGGCCAUCUCAAGACCCAAAACGUAAUACACACAGGAAAGAGACCCCACGAGUGCGAUGUUUGUGGAAAAUCUUUUACGAAGUCGAGACAUCUCAAGAGCCAUGGAUUAAUACACACUGGUAAGAGAUCCUACAAAUGUACUGUUUGUGGAAAAUCGUUUAUUCGUUCGGGCAAUCUCAAGGUACACGAAUUAAUACACACAGGAACGAGACCCCAUGAAUGCGGUGUUUGUGGAAAAUCGUUCACUCUGUCGGGCCAUCUCAAGACCCACUUGUUAAUACACAUAGGAAAGAGACCCCAUGAAUGCGGUGUUUGUGGAAAAUCGUUCACUCUGUCGGGCCAUCUCAAGACCCAUUGUUAAUACACACAGGAAAGAGACCCCACGAAUGCGAAGUUUGUGGAAAAUCAUUUACUCAGUCGGGCCAUCUCAAGAGGCAUUUGUUGACACAUAUUGGAAAGAGACCCUACAAAUAUAGUGUUGCGUAAAUCGUUUCCUCAGUGGGGCAGUCUCAAGAAACACGAAUUAAUACACACUGAACAGGGGCACACAGUCAAUGUUGGUGGCAAAUCGUUUUCAGAACUGGGUCAUCUGAAAAUACACGCAGGAAUGAGCCCCUACAAAUAUGAUACUUGCGGCAAAUAUUUUUCUUACUCUGGUAAUCUCAAGGAAAUCAUUAGUACACACCGGUAAACGACCACACAAAUGUAGUAUUUUUGGCAAAUUGUAUAAAAACUCGAGUAACCUCAAGAAACAGCUAUCACUACACACUGAAAAGAAGGCUACACAGAUGUGAUAUUUGCUGGGAAUCUUUUAAUCCGGUCUAUCAUCUUUAGAAGCAUGCAAUAAUACACAUUACAUAGAGACCACUCAAAGUAUUGUUGAGGUCUGUAGACUUAAACAUGUUCAAAGGAGACCACAAGUGCGUUAUGAAUAUUGUUCGCAUGUGCUACAGAAAGGUCACAAAAAAUACGACAAAUCCGUUUUCACAGCUUCAUGUUCAAAGAAGUUGCAUACUAAAUACAAUAUAUGAAGCACACAUUGCAAUUUUUUGUUGUAAAUGCUCCAUGCUAUAACGAUCUGUCUACCAGAAAUGGGUGCAUUGAGAGAUAUCUGUUACUUGUUUGAGUAGAAGUCCUAUGCAGUAAUCACGACUCCAUAUUCUUCAAGAGAAUUUACCAGUAUGUUGCUAAUUAUUUGAAAGAAACUGCCAUUUCAAUAUUCAUGAAGCUGUAGGCAGUACCCAGGCGACAGCAUAAAUGUGUUUAUUACAUGUCCAUCACUCAGGCUAUUUUUCUCAACGAUGGAGAAAGAUACAAAAAUAUCAUGAUUAUGCAAACAUGUUACUGAGGUAUGCCUUCUUAAUAGUAAUGCUGUUUGUGUGAUCAAAAUUUGCAC